GUCUCUGUGCUCUCGGGUCUCUCCUGGAGGAGCUGCUGGAGAGCGAGCGAGCAAGCGGGAACAACUCUCACACACUCUUUCAUCGCUGCUGUCGCAUUCUUUCACACACACACGCACACACACACCCACACCAUACACUCACACAUACACUCUUUAUCUCUCCUGCACACACACACACACACACACACACACACACACACACACAUCUACACUCUUUCUCACAAAGAGUAACACAUACUCACACAGCUGGAUUGGUUCUCUGUAGAUUGGAAUAGAGGGGAAAGGAAAGAAAGGAAGCUUUCUGUUUGGAUUCUGUGCUCUGUCUGCGCUGCGCGGUGGUGUAUGUGCACUUCAUCAGUGGAAGAGGAGCGGGGGAGUUUUUGCAGCGGCUGCUUUCCCCCCAGUGUGUGUGACACCAUGCUGCUGUGUGUGCGCUGGCCCCGCAGGGUAAAAUCCUGAAGAUGAUGGAGGACAAUAAGCAGCUGGCCCAGCGGAUCGAUGGAGCCAUCCAGUCGGCCAGCCAGGAAGUGACCAACCUGCGGUCCGAGCUUUCUGCCACUAGCCGCAGACUGGCCGAGCUGGGGGCCAGCAGUGUGGAGAACAACCAGCACAACCACCACACACACGCGCACGAUCCGGUGGUCCACCACAGGCAGAAGGCUGUGGUGUCCGAUAUCUGCUUCCAGACGGAUAUGUCCAGCCUCAUGGACUUCAGUACGCCGGACUCCUCGCUCGACAAAGUGCUGCUGAGGGAAGAAGUGGCUCAGCUGCAGGAGGAAGUGCACCUCCUGAGGCAGAUGAAGGAAAUGUUGAGUAAAGACCUUGAAGAGUCUCAGGGCUGUUCAGCUAACACACUUUCGGCUGCAGAGCUACGGGUGCAGCUUGGAGAGAAGGAGCAGGAGCUGGACCGAGCCAAAGAGGCCUUACAAGCUAUGAAGGGUGACCGUAAGAGGUUAAAGGCGGAGAAAGCUGACCUAGUGAACCAGAUGCAGCAGCUUUACACCACGCUGGAGAGUCGUGAGGAGCAGCUCCGAGACUUCAUCAGAAACUACGACCAGCACAGAAAGGAAAGCGAGGAUGCGGUGAAAGCUCUGGCUAAAGAGAAGGACCUGCUGGAGAGGGAGAAGUGGGAUUUACGGCGGCAGACCAAAGAAGCCACAGAGCACGCUAACCUGCUACGAUCACAGAUUGAUAUGAAGGAGAACAGGAUUAAAGAGCUGGAGGCAGAGCUUACUAUGGCGAAGCAGUCUCUGGCUACCCUGACUAAAGAUGUUCCGAAGCGUCAUUCUCUGGCCAUGCCCUCAGAGCCGGUGGUAAACGGCAGUCAGGAGUGGGUGAUGCAGGCCGAACUUCCACUGACUGCAGCAAUCAGACAGAGCCAGCAAACACUGUACCAUUCACACCCUGCAGACAGACAAGCUGCAUUGCGGAUCAGCCCCUGUCACUCCCGUCAGCCCUCCAUCCUCUCGGAUGCCUCAGCGGCCGAUGGCGACCGCUCGUCCACUCCCAGCGACAUUAACUCACCGCGGCACAGGACACACUCCCUCUGCAAUUCCAUGGAGGAUCUCGAGGACCAGAAGCGUAAGAAAAAGAAGGAGAAGAUGAGUCUGGGGUCACUUUCUCGAGUGUUUGCCCGGGGCAAGUCCCAGCGCAAGUCUCUGGACCCUGGCCUGUUUGAUGACUCGGACAGCCUGUCAAGCCUGACGCAGCCCAGCCUGUCGGACGGCGAGGAGCAGCUGGAGCGGCUGCAGCAGGCCGAGAUCACCCGCACCAGGCCCAUCUCACUGUGGAAGGCUGGAACCGUCCAGGCGUGGCUCGAGGUUGUCAUGGCUAUGCCCAUGUAUAUCCGAGCCUGCUCUGAGAAUGUGAAGAGUGGAAAGGUCCUGCUGGGGCUGACAGAUGAGGAUCUGGAGGUGGGAUUGGGAAUCACCAGCCCGAUGCACCGCCGGAAACUCAGACUGGCCAUUGAGGAUUAUAGAGAGGCAGAGAACGGAGCAGGACUGUCCAAAGCAGCAGACAUGGAUCAUCAGUGGGUGUGUAAGACGUGGCUGAGUGACCUUGGCCUGCCUCAGUAUUCGCAGCUGUUCCAGAACCAGCUGGUGGACGGCCGGGUUUUGGGAUCCCUCACCCGUCGGGACCUAGAGACCAUCUUCAACAUCAACAACAAGUUCCACAUCACCAGCCUGCUAUCAGGAAUACAGCUGCUACAGAUGCUCAGCUUUGAUAAAGAGGUUCUGCACACCCGGCGUGUUCAGUGUGAGCAGCAAGAUGUGGACCCUGUGGUGUGGACCAGCCAGAGGGUCAUUAAAUGGGUCAGAGACAUUGACCUAAAGGAAUAUGCUGACAGCCUCCAGAACAGUGGGGUCCACGGAGCUGUGAUGGUAUUGGAUCCGUCCUUCAGUGCAGAAAGCAUGGCCAAAGCCCUGGAGAUCCCCAACAACAAACACAUGAUCCACCGGCAUCUGUACGAGGAGAUGAAGGUGCUGCUGAAUCCGGCAAGGACCAAUCAGAAUCAGGAGUACAACCGUAAGGAAGGAACGCCCACACACUCACUGGCCUCCAGCUGCCACUAUGCUGAAGAGCGGGUCACUCUCAGGCCCAGAUCAGGCAAGAGCCCCUUGAGAUUCAACCCCAAAAUCCCAGGUGGACGGGACCUCGGUUUCCAUGGCAACUGUGGGUCCUUGCCCAGAGAGGAGCGGAUCAAGGCCCUUCCAAGGGCAAAGGGCAGCCCCAUGCACGGCUACUCCAGCAUAGAGAUCACUAACGUCUAGGAGCAGGGAAACCUGAGGAAAUAUAUGAAACAAAUGGCACUUCUCUGAAAGAACAUGUUCAGGUCAUCGUUUUGGAACUAAGAUUUGGUGACCAUAAACAAAAUCUAGCAGUGAGGACAUCUAGGGUUUUUUCACAAAACGAGAUUUCUCAGUAAGCUGAAAAAUUUGAUCCAAAAGCCGAAAAGGCUCUUUUCUAAUUGGACAAACUUGGCUUAAAGGAAUUCACUGCCAUUUUUCAAACCUAAGCUCUAUCUGCUAAGUCUCAAAUGCACAGGCAGUUACCAGACAUAAUAAUUUCACCAUGUUUCCCACUACUUAGAAAACAACAGAAAACCUACUGACUCUAAAUAUAAUUACAUUAGAAACCACUGGGCAGAUAGCAGUUUAUAAAAUUUUGUUAAACGUUUCAGCACUGGAGCAGCAACUCCAGUUAGUUUUACUUUCCUUAUGGUAGGGGUCAUUAAGUCUAAUCCUGGAAGACCAGAACCCAGCACAGUUUGGUUAUUUGCCUGCUCAAUCACACUAACUGAUGGAUUGAAUCACUAAGAUAGCAAUGAAUUGCCUCAAUUUUUUCCCUCUGGAAAACUAGUCCCAUAUCUGAAUCAACAAAUUAUUCAAAUUUACAGCUUAAUUUACAAAUACCUUCAUGAGUGUGUUCUACAAAAACACGUUUCACAAAAAACAUUUAAUAAUGGAAUUCAGCAACUACCCACUGGCCUCUGUUCAAAGUGUGUUUCCAGUCAACUGGUUUAAUAACUAGUUUUCCUACGUACAGGGAGAUGGUUGAAUUUUGUAUCUGUGGUAACUGAUCAUGUUCUACUAAAUGCAUCAAAUAGAGAUUAGAAUGCAGGGUACACCUUUAAUUUGGAAACCUAGGAAUUCUGCUUUGUGAAACACUCUCCUGCUCAGAUUGUGAUUUGUUUAUUGAUUUUAUUAUUUUUUACUUUUUACACAUUUUUAAUGCACCAGAUGUGCUUAGAAGGGAUUAUAAUGUGUAAAGUGUAAAUUCUCUAUGAAAGGUUUUAUGUAUAUUUCACCAAGAGAAGGAACAGAUGCUCUAUACAUAUAAGUAUGUAUAUAUUAAAAAAUCAUAUACUUUGAUAGUAAUUAACAUACUACCACUCACAUAAGCUCAUUCUGACCUGAGGUCAGAGCCAGCUGGAAUCAAAACCAGAUGCUCCAGUGUCCUUUCACUAGCAUUAAAUAUGAACCCAUUGUACUGUUCUGUAUUGUGUGCACUUACUGGAUUAAAACAACAAAUUACAUGAGGAACAAGUAUGUGAGGGGGUGGUUUCACUGCAAAACAACAUGGAAUGUGAAAACGUCUUAAAUCUAGUCAGUAUAUCUAAUAUUUGUGAUUAUAAGAUGGUUUUAAGAAUGAAAACAAAUAUAAUAAUAAUAAUAAUAAUAAUAUUACUAAAUCUAUUUCUAGUUAUGUUUACUUGUUUUAGUAAUAUUGUCUAAUUCAAUGGUCUGAUUCCAUUGGUAGAUCAUUUUGCUUGUUUAAAAAAUAUAUAUAUCCACCAAUGGAAUAAGAUAAGAACAGAGUGUUUUUAAUAAGCAAAAUUAGCUUCCAGUGAAAAAAAAAAACAAUUAAACAAGUCUACAAAUGAAUAGAAUAAUCUUAAAAUAUUCUUACAAAUAUUAGAUGUAUUGAAUAGACUUAAGGUGAUUUCACAUGCAACAUACCUCUUUUUUGUAGCGUUGAAUAAUCUGAUCAUCUCUCUUCGUUUUAAAAGAAGAAAAAACAACAAGCCACUCUGUCACUUCAAUGUAGACUGAAGUACAUACAUUGUACAAAAAAUGAAUGCAGAACACAAAGAAAGUGACAUUUUUGGGUUUUUUUAUUGUACUACUUUUAAGGCUUCAUCAUAUCUUAUCAUGCAUGCAGUUCAGUUUAACACCUCAGUUGUUUAACUUAAGACAUAUUUCACUGUGACUUCACUAGAACACAGUUGAUCAAUGUGUGUCCAGUGGUGGAAAAAUCACACAGGGAAAUUACCUUCAAUCACUAAUGAAGCGUUCCCAGGGUAGCAUAUGUGUGUGGCCACUUGCCAUACCUUAGCAUCAUUAGCAUAGUGAAAAAACAGAAAAAUAUGACCCAAAUGUUCAUUAAAGCUGACAUAGGAUCCCAUUUCCCACACCCAAACAAACUCGUGGUUGAACUAGCUUUACAGUACGCUGGGAAAGAUUAGAUUGCUGUUCAGAUUUACUAGAUUAUUAGAUUACUAGAUUUAUUAAAAAUAGCCAGAUUGAAAGCAACAGUGAGGAAUUUUCUACCAAGCUAAUAUUAGCUGAAUUAUAUGACCAAAAAAAAAAUACAUCUGAUUUGACCUAAAAGUGUACAUUUCACAUGCAUACAAAAUAAAUAUUGUUUGAAAUUAAUAAUAUGCUCUAAACUUACAUAAUUUAAUAAUAAAAAAGUGUGCACUAUAAGAGAAGCUGUGAAAGAGCACAUUUGUGAGCAGUGCAUGGAUGACAGUCCACUCUGCCAGUGCACUUUGUUAAAUACCAUUCAACACUGUUAGACAUUCUACAGCUAAAUCCAAUACAAUACAGAAUUGGAAACACUCUCAAUCAGGUUUUGACAGUUUGCAGGACCCUAUAGCUCACAACUAAAAAAAUUAUUAAGGAAGUAAGGUGUAUUAAUAAUACUAGCAAUCACAUUAGCAAUAAAUUUUUAGCAAGGCUAAAAACAAGGCACCCAAAUAGGCACAGCUAGCUAGCUUUCCCAUGAGAAAUGGAAGAUUUUUUUAAGCGUAUGUUACAGAUGAGAUAUCACUUUGUCUUGCACUAGGUUUUUGUAAAAUUCCACUACUGAAAUCCAGAUGAAUGUGGAGCAGAGUAAGUACACACCCUUCAAAAAAGGCCUCAGGCCAGUCAAAUGAAAACUGAUCUUUCAACUUAAAAGGCUGCAAAACUGGGGAGCAAAAUCUCACUCUUCAGACUUUACAUCAAUAUUACAAUUUACUCAUUGCUUUUUAAGCAAGUGUGUCAAUAUGGGUUCCUUUUGCUAUACCAAAAAUAGUUAAUGCUGUCAAAAGUUGACGUGUUAAACUCACAGUGUACAUAUGACCUAACCUUGCAUAAAAAGUUGCCAGUUGUCUGUGGAGCAGUUUGGCUGAAAAUGUUGUAUUUAGCUAGGCUGUUACUGUAACACAUUUACUUAUACUUAAUAAUAAGAAUUCAGCAUGAAUAAUAAUUCAAGGUAAAUCUUGCAGCAUCCAUAGGCCUCUGGUGUCAUGCCCCUAUUUGGAAUUGUGGGUCUAAACUGGUUUUGUUUAUGACAGUGAUGAAUGCUGUUGUUGCAUCUAAAUAUUUUUUAAAAAUCAGCUUUGGAGCAUUUUUGGCACAUAACAUGACAGUGGUGAUUUUUGAAAAUGUCUUUUAAUUUUUGGGGGCAAAAAACUGUUCAGACCAAGAGUUACUAAUAUUAGCAUGACAAUGACUGCAGAGAACUAUUAUAAGCAUAAUUUUAAAAAAUAUGCUUUGGUCAAUUAAGGAAAAUCUUUAGCCAGUGUGGGUAAAAUCAUCAAAUGAGUGGUAGUUGUUUUCUACACUAGGUAAAUUGUUUUAUGCUCAGUGAAUGGAAUGCAAAUGUGUUGGCUUGACAAGGUAACAUUGCAAAUGAUAUCUUUUUUAACCUCAGCUAUCAUAGUUUGCCUAGUGGUGCAACAGUACUCAUGUUAGGCAGUCAAGUAGCACAGUAAAACAUCAAGUAGGACUGGGUAAGAACGGUCUGUCUGUCAGUUUAUCAGGUACACAUAACUUUUUACCUACAGUCAUUGCCCAUUUUAUUUGAUACACCUACUAAACACUGACUAGCCAGUAGGUUGCAUGGCUAAACGCAGAGACAUAAUUAUGGUAAUGUGGAAUAAACUAAAAUAAAGUCACAGUGUCAGCUUUAUUUAGCAUCAGCUUUUAACAUUUACAGUUCUACAUGUGAGAAGUUGACUCUGUGAUAACUCUAAGCCAACUUUUGACAGUAUAAGCUAUUUUUGUUAUACUGUGCUACAGCUCUGCGGAGAUUAGCAGUUGCUGCUUUCUUAUGCUCUGAAUUCAAUUGAAGGCCUUGCUAACUAGCUGUUGAGUUGAAUCAGAUGUCUUUUAAGACAUGUGUCGAAGGAAUGGACAAAAGUACUGACAAAACUCAUGCUUCAAGAUGGCUGCUACUGCUUUUUUUUUUAGCAAUGCUUUAUACUUUUGUCCAUUUUUAUAGUUAUGCAAUGUCAGAAACUACAUAAGCAAGUUUAUAUUUGAGAUUAUUUAACAUGAUGUAUGAUUUAGGCAUGCUGAUUGCACCAUUAAAAACUUCCAGCUAUAAGUUUCCAUGUUAGCUACAUUAGCCUCAUAGCUCCAGUGGGAAACUAAAGAAAAAAAUUUCCUCACUUUUUAAAAUAGAAGAAAGUAAUAUGGUAUGUAAACAUGAUAAAACAUGGUAAACAAGUUUCAAAAUGUGCUGUUCAAGCCCCAGUCCAUACAGUCUAGACUGAAACAAAACUGCAAAAACAGCCUGUUUUGAAUUCAUUGUUUUUGUUAGGUUAGAAAAACCAACACAUUUGCAUAUAUUUAGCCUACUCAGUAAACAGCAGCUUAGCCCCACCAAUUCAUGUUGAAGUUUUAUAGCGUGCGUCAGCAUAUACUGCUUUUUGAAUGCGGCACAAUGCAGGGUAGUCAAUCAAGACAGAGAUUAUUUACAUGUAUCAGUCUUAAAGGCACAGUAACAACCAUCCUGUUUAAUUCUAAGGGACAAAGGGGUCCAUAAACCAUACACAUGCUAUCAUAGGAGAACAAAUAUGUGGGAUAUGGGCCUAUUAACCAUACCUCAUAUUUAUACUGUCAGAUUUCAUGUUACAUUUGUCCUUCUGACGAUUAUCAGCACUGAGUGCAAUAGGCUGCAAAAAGGAAAAAAAAAAGUUGUAUCAGGUAAUGUACAGGUGUUUGUUGAAGUAAUAACUAAUUUUCAUAUGAUUGUACAGUACCUAUGAUCGUGCCAUCAGUAGAAACAGUAAUGUUGUAAAACAUCUGUACAUAGCAUCUUCUUGUGUGUCUCUGACACAGUCUGUACAGAAAAAAUAAGAAUAAAACAAUAAAUGAA